GGGGUGGUGACAGAAGGCGACAGGGAGAGGUGUGUCCCCCCUCUCCCCGCUGUCCUCGGGGUGUGAGGAGGGUGCCCGCACCCCACGCCCACCCUGGCCAUGGGGGGCUGGUCCCGCAGCGCCUGGAUUUUGCCCCUUUUUUUGGCUGGGCUCGUCCAGCCGGGGCAGAGUCAGGAGAGGGAGAAGGUGAAAUGCUACGACUCCGUGCAGGGCACCAUCUACGACUAUGGGGCCCUAACCAUCGAUGGGGACGAGUACAUCCCCUUUAAGAACUAUGCAGGGAAGAUGGUGCUCUUCGUCAACGUGGCCACAUACUGAGGCCUCACCCUGCAGUAUGUUGAACUGAAUGCACUACAAAAUGAGCUGGGGCCCUACGGGCUCGUCGUACUGGGCUUUCCCUCUAACCAAUUUGGGAAGCAGGAACCCGGCCAGAACUCGGAGAUCCUCCCUGCCCUGAAGCAUGUCCGGCCGGGGGGCGGCUUUGUCCCCAACUUCCAGAUCUUCCAGAAGGGGGAUGUUAAUGGAGCCAAGGAGCAGAAAGUCUUCACCUUCCUGAAGAACUCCUGUCCUCCAGUGGCAGAGGAGUUUGGGAACCCCAAGAACCUCUUCUGGGAGCCUCUGCGGAACCACGACAUCAAGUGGAACUUUGAGAAGUUCCUGGUGGGGCCUGACGGUGUGCCCGUCAUGCGCUGGUACCACCGCGCCAACAUCGCUGUCGUGAAGAACGACAUCAUUGCCUACAUGAGGGAACAGCAGCAGCAGCAGGGCCAGGAAGAGCCGGCCUGAGGGGUGGCUUCUCCCCUCUGCCGGCAUCCCCCCUGGCUGCUGCUCCUUGUCCCAUCCCCCCACAGCAACAGGAGCCCUCUCCCUCGCUCCCACCUCUGGCACCUCCUGGCCAGGAUGUUGGGCUGGGAAACUCUGUGGCGGAGACCUGAGCGAUGGGAGGGGGACACUUCCCAAUAACCCUGUGUCCCACCUCAAGAGGCAACAUCUCCUGGCCCCCAGCUUGUGCCCCUGCUCUGCCAUCUUGCCUUGCUGAGCAGUGGGAGGCUGCAGGGGUUGGCUGCCCUCAGAGCAGAAGACCACAUCUCCAUGAAGGCUUGGCCUGAAAGCCCCAACACGGGGCGGGCCUGGCCUGAUCCUGCCAGGCAUGGAGCAGCUCUUCAGUGCAUUCAAGCUGCCCCUGGUCCUGGCCCAGAGAUGUGCUCCUCUCCCAGUUGGGGGUGGCCAGCCCCUCGCCCCCCACCACAGAAAUGCCAAAUAAAGGCUCUGCAAAUGCA